AUGUCUGAAAACGAUGCCUCUGCCAUCGCUUACCUUCACGAGCAGAGCUCCAUCAAGAGUACUGCAGAGGAGGCUAAUGAUGCACAGACAUGCAACGAUGUUGUUUACGAGAUUACAGACCACGGGUUGAAUCGAAAUGUCCACCAGGCUCUGUGGGGGCUCGGCCUGAGCAUGCAUAUUUGUGGCAUUCUUGUGUGUGUUUGGCACACUAUCGAUACUGUAAUGAUUCUUCAUCUCUAUGGCCGAGAGCAAUUCUAUGUGGAAUCGGCCAUUUUCCUGUUCGGGUUUCCCCUUUACCGGGGCAUUCCGACCGUCAUCUCAUACAUCUCCUCGCACUUUAUCAAGCACGCAAUAGUCCACCGGAGAUACACAGACUCCAGCAUUUACUAUACACACACACUUUUCUUAUGUAGCAUCCUGGCCAUUCUUAUAUCACUCUUUUCUCCUCUGGCUCCACAGCUAUCUUCACUACUAGAUGGUGGAGGUCCUCUUAUUCAUCGUCAGUUAGGAUCGUCUGCCAUGCUCCUAAGUGCAGUUCUUGUCCCCCUUCUUUCUCUCUUCACUCACGCAGUAGAUCCAAUUAUGAUGAUUCAAGGAAGGCACUUUCUUAUGACAGUCAAAAACCUCGUUCUGUUUUCGCUUUCAAUCGUUCUUCUAGGCCUUUUCAAUCUAUUCCUGUAUGCACACACUCAACCAGCUGACCCAUCCAGGCUUUUGCUUUACCCUCUCCUCGCAUACUGUCUUAGUGGCGUCGUUGUGACGGUAUGGAUAAGCCUGCUCCUGAUGAGGGUCAAUCUAUAUGGGAUCGUGUACAACAAUAAUCUUCGUUUAAAAGUUAGGCAUUUGGUUCCAAUCAAUGUCAAGAUUCUUGGCACGCUUUUAUUGAGGUCCCUCCCAUCAAUGAUUAAUCUUACUCUUCAAAGCGUCACCAUCUUACUAAUAUACAGAGCAUAUGGCACCUACUAUACAGACUAUGAGGGAAUGGUUAAUGGAAAAGCAGCAUUGUCUCUGUUUUUACGUGCAUCGACUGCUACAACCUUUAGUGCAGCUAGCUUUGAAGUAGUAGUGUCCUAUCUUGUUCAAAUCGCAUAUUAUGCACGUAGAUAUAACAGAGCUCGCUCAAUCACUCUAUGGGGUGCCCUAUAUGCUACACUACUGAAUGCUCUGAUAUGCAUAGCUAUCUUCUUUGCCGCUAAACCCACUCUCCGUAAAGUUAUACUUCUUCCACAAGCAAAUGCAAUAGAUCCGGAGUACUCUACUUUGAAUUCUGAAGAGUUCUAUGUUGAGAUAACCAGGUACCUGAAGCUAUCUGCGUUGUUUCAUCUUCCAUCUGGCCUUUAUGCCGUCGUUUUGGGUGCUAUGCAGGGAUCUAACUAUGGAGCAGGGGCUUUAACUAUGGCCUUUGGAAAAUCAGUGACUGUGCUUGCCUCUUUCAUUGCAAUAAUGUAUCUGCAGGGCGCAGGAGGUAUCUAUGUCCUGGCCUUUGGCUUUGGAGAAGCAACGGCGUUUCUUCUCGCUAUUGUAGGCUUGAUCUUGCAGACUAAGCGAUUUACUUUGUUUUCUCGCGCAGACACGAUGACAGAUCUGACCAUCUCAAAGGUAGAAUCAGCCAAGAAACAAAUGCGUCCACUAAGCACCAAGAACCAGAGAUCUUCAGCUAAGGGGAACAGAAAAUCAAAGCCUCAAGUGGUUACCAAGGAGAAGAGAACAAGAGGACAGCCAAAAGUGCAGAAGCGAAAUAGGCCCGAUAGUAACCACAGCACGGGAAACAAAUAUACAGACAGUAGUGUAGCCAACUCGGAAAAGAGCCUGUUACAUGAACAUCCUACUGAAUCAAGUUGCUCUGCCACGCGGACUAACACAUUAGAGCCCUCAAGCAAGAUGGAUUCUGAACACUUUUCAGUUGGAUAUGUAUCAUCAUCGACAAGCAAUACCUCAAAGAGACCAGUAACUCAAGCACUUCUUCGCCAUGAGCAUCAGUCAGCAGCUCAAAUACGACUCAACACCAAUUUGCAUAUCUGCGAAGCACAUGCAACACCGAAUGAUCAACUAAGCGACGAGAAUUCACACAGUGUAGGGCACGAAAAGGAGGGUAGCGUUGUGAACAAAAGUGAAGUCCAUAUGUCUAACGAAUUACAAUCUGCGUCAGUAGAGAUGUACCACAGCUCUGAAAAUACGCAGAGCUAUGAGACACCCGUAGUACAUAUGAAUUUCUUUCAAGUAGAGGCCUCUGCUGACUAG